GUGCGGAUCCAUUCACACUCAGCAGUGAUCAUGUAGCCUGCAGUAUACACUGUAAUCAUAGUAAAUAAUACUCGUCAGUAUUGACGUCUUUAUCUUUCGGUUUCAAGAAAGACGAGACACUGUUUAUAUUUUUAUGCGUUAACUCAUCUUGAGUCAUUUAGAGUCUGAUUUGUAUAUAUUUAAUUGUCUUAUUUGAUUUUUAAUUUUAUUUUAUGUCUACUUCAAUUGCUGGACAAGAAGAAAUGGAUAGAAAGUCUCGUGUAGCCGGAGGUCGAAAUGUUUUGUGCUUGUUUGAUGUGGACGGAACGCUGACACCCCCGAGAGAGAAGAUCGACCCUGAGCUGGAUGAUUUCUUCCAGGCCUUGAGAAAGAAGGUGAAGAUCGGCGUGGUGGGCGGCUCAGAUUAUUCCAAAAUCGCUGAACAGCUCGGAGAAGGAGAUGAAGUCAUACACAAGUUUGACUACGUCUUCGCAGAAAAUGGAACCGUACAAUAUAAAGACGGCAAACUCAUCUCUAAACAGGCCAUUCAGAAUCAUCUGGGUGAGGAGUUACUGCAGGAUCUCAUCAACUUCUGUCUCAGCUACAUGGGGCUCAUCAAACUACCCAAGAAACGAGGGACGUUCAUUGAGUUUCGUAACGGCAUGAUCAACAUCUCACCCAUCGGACGCAACUGCACGCUAGAAGAGCGGAUCGAGUUCUCUGAAAUCGACAAGAGAGAGAAGAUACGAGAGAAGUUUGUGGCUGCUCUGCAGAAGGAGUUUGCUGGAAAAGGCCUGCGGUUUACCAGAGGGGGUUUGAUCAGUUUCGACAUCUUCCCAGAGGGCUGGGACAAACGCCUCUGUCUGGAAGUCCUGGAGCAGGAAGGACUGGACGCAAUCUACUUUUUCGGCAAUGAAACUUCAUUGGGUGGAAAUGACUAUGAGAUCUUCGAAGACCCUCGUACCAUCGGCUUCACCGUCUGCUCCCCUGAAGACACGGCACGGCUCUGCAGGGAGAUGUUCUUUAACGCUCCACCCAAUGAGGCGUGAAAGCGUUUGUGUGCACCUGCACGUACACCAGACUGCCUGUGUGCAGCGCUACUGCGCCCACUGCUGGUCACUGUGGGUAAUGCAGUCUGCUGCACCAAAACCAAACCACUGCUGAUCCGCGGACUAAAGGGACUGUAUGUAAAUAUCACUGACAGAGCUUUAUCAGUGUGUUCAUAGUUUUAUAAAAUUUUAAUUUUCAAAUGUAAUUUUCAUAUCUAAAGAUUUACCCUCUUUUUAUAAUAAUACCUGUUUUCCUGUGGCCACAUUCACACUGCAACAUUUCCGGAGUGACAACUGUAUGUAAAAUACAUUGAAUCCUCUGAAUGAUGUACAGGACACAGGACUCACUCCAGAAAUUUUGACAAAGCUGUGAACUUAAAACAUGGAAGCUAACUAUUUUAACUCAACUUUUUUAACCAAAGUAACAUUAGCUAUCAGUUAUUAGUAAGUGUUGUGUUUGUUUGUUUACCUAGUGUGCUCCAUCACGUAACGGUGCUAAUUUAGUUAAAUGAAUUAAAUAAUUACGUUUUUUCAAAGGAAUUAGGGGAAUAAUAGAAAUGUUGUACAAUUUAUGAUAAAAUAAUGCAUUUUAAAUUUUUACUUCAAAAAAUAUUCGCACAUACACUCUUAAUAUGCCAAAAACGGCUCAUUUAAUAUUGUCUCGCCACAUUGACAAUUACAAACAUUACAGGAAUCACAUAGACUAAAUGAUAUCUUUACAGUAGUAGUACAGUAGAGUAGUUUGCAUACCUGGAUAUUACUGUCGGUCAUUUAGCAUUUCUGUUGACAAGAGUUAAGAUACUAAAUGUUUACUAUAACCUACAUCUUACCUCACAUUCUUCAACCAUUAAAACUUAAGCGUAGCGCUGGAGUUCCCGCUCAGAUUCUUUGAACGGUAAACGACUGGACAUCUCAAUUAUUUCACACUGAUGAGCGUCUUUGCAGAAAAAAAUAAAACGGGUCAUAAACAGAGCAAUAGAGUGCAGCUGAGCAGCAGAAUAUCAGAAACUAAGAGACAAAUUUGGCCAUAUCUGAUUCUUAAUCAGAUCUACAGUGGGUACGGCCCUGUUUGGUGAAAUAGCCUACUGAAGACACACAUUUGUUUCUAUAGUUCUCUAGCACCUCCCCUGAUAGCACACGUACACCACAGAGAAUCUAUUUGACGUCUGCAUUUACAUCUGCAAGACGUAUUUUUUAGAGUGUUUGGUCAUCUGCAUGUCUAUGACGUUUCCUAUAAGAUGUCAAAUAGACGUCUAUUAGAAGUCUUUAAGAUGUUUAUGAUUUAGAAUGUAUGUAAAACUGACAUCUUACAGACGUCUGUCAGAUGUUUGUAAGCAGCAGAUGCUUUCCAGAUAAAGUGAUCUUUAACAGACGUCUUGCAGAUGUAUGUGUGCUGUCUGGGUCAGAUGAGCGGUUGGUGUCCAAAACAGUUUUCAUUUUAGCGCUCUAUCAGAUUUAAUACAAAUGCUCCUGGCACCGCAUUAAGUGUUCAUGCAGGAGUUCAUUCGUUUGUCACUCGUUUAAAUGGACCCAGUCGAUGAGUGACAUGCGAUCCGUGGUGUAAACGUGACCAAUCGCAACGUGACUAUAGAUCUGUUCCAUGUUGAGUUCAAGUUUUGUUAUGCUUUUCUGAUCUUAUUUACUGUCGCAGGUGAUUUGAGCUUGAGAUGUUCGUGCUUAGUUGAAUGUGGAUUGUUCAUCCCUCUUCUGUACUCUCGGACUGGACUCCGAGAUAUUUACAAGAUUGUGACAAUUCUGCAUAUUUAAUGAAUGGUUUGGCGCUACGUGUUUGUGUAGUAAGAGGAUAUGAGAUAAAUCUUGUCAGAUUUGACACUAUAAGUUCAUUAAUAGUUGAUUGAUAUGUCGCAUUGCUCUCUUUUACGUGAUAUUUAGGUGUUAAUCAUUCCAGACAGAAUCCAGACGUCGCUUAAACACUCCUCUUGAUCCCUGAAAACAUGGUGCUGAUCCCAUAGAUUUCCAGGGCAUUGUAAGAUGUUUUUUUUUUUUUACUGGACAUCAAGUAUUUCUAAUUCAGAAUCCAUAGUCCAAUUGAUCUCAUGCUAUGAAUGUUGCUUCAUAUCUGAUGGCAUAAAUGCACUUUAUCUUGAAUUAAUUCAUAUCAAAAAAUUACACAACUGAUGUGAACGGUGCCAGAUUAAAUAAAAUAUGUGACCUUAAUUCUAAACAAACUCAUUUAUUUAGCAUCUCUCUCUGUAUUUUUUUGUUGUAUCACUUCACUCAAAAACUGAAACAGUAAUGUUAUGUUCAUGGUUCAAAAUCUGAAAGAAAAAAAUCAGUGUAAAAUGCACAUGCUGAUAUGCCUUGUGAUGAAUCAUGAAUAUGUCUGUUUAUUUUAAAUACAAGUGUGUUUUUUUUUUUUCAUGAA